CCUCUCUUUGCACAACAAGGACCUGAGCUUCCACAGCAGACGUGCUUGACCGCAGCCUGCUGCUUAAAAUGCAUAGGGGUCCAGUACAGCGAGUGCACUUUAUCUCAGCAGCACUACAAUCUUAUACAUAUUCUUUACCAUGGACAUUGCAUCGCUCUUCUCUGUUAGCAACAAGACCUUCGUCAUUACUGGUGGUGCUACGGGUAUUGGACUCAUGGCCGCCGAGGGGCUUGUCGUAAACGGCGCCAAUGUCUACAUUACCAGUCGGAACGAAGAGAACCUCAAGCGCGAGUCUGAGCGUCUGACAGCUAGUGGACCUGGCAAGUGUCAGUAUGUCGUGUGUGACUUGCUUGAGUACGACCAGGUCGAGGCGCUCGCUAGAGAAAUAGCACGCCUGGAACCAAACGGCAUCCAUGUCCUCAUCAACAACGCUGUCUUGGUGACGCCAAAGCCAUUUAUUGAGCUGACCGAGUCAGACAUGGUGCGCGACAUUACCAUCACCCUGCAGCGCCCGCUUACCCUUGUCCAAAAGUUCCUGCCCCUGCUACUAAAGACAGCCACUGACGACGAUCCUGCACGGGUUAUUAACGUGACUAGUAUUAGUGCUGUGACAAACCUACCUAUCACCAAUACCCUGUACCCAUCGUGCAAGGCAGGUUUGGCUCAUAUGACGCGCGAUCUGGCGCAAAAGCUUGCGCCCUACAACGUCAACGUCAACGCCUUUGCCCCAGGUGUCUUCGUUAGCAAACUUCACGAGCAGCAAGAUGAGCGGUACAAGAAGACGGUGAAGAGUGCCAUUCUUCUCAAGCGGCUUGGAAACAAGGCAGAUGUUGCCUCUGCAAUUAUCUACCUUUCAUCGACGGCCGGGGCUUAUGUUACUGGGACGACAAUGCUAGUCGACGGCGGGAUGUUCGUGAGGCCCUGACCAGUGGGUGGCUCGAUACCGCAUAUACUUCCACGUAAUUCUUUCAUAUUUAAACCAGUUCACAUAGCACCAUGGUGUUUGGAAGGGGCUUGGGCCAUGUGUUUUUUUUCGCAGAAAAGGCGCGUCGUGGCUGCCGCUGUGGCCAGGGGAGACAAGGCAAAGUGAUCACCAGAUCAAAGGGCUAUCAAGCAGGAACCGGCUUGAAGCGAUUUUUUAUCUGCUGGCUGUGCGCUUCGAAUUCCGACAGGCUCUCCUUCUCCCGUCGACUAUCCAUUUCCACUUUCCCUGGCUACUCCCCUAUACUAUUCUGUACAUUCACAAUGAACUUUCUCGGUCGGCAGGUCAGCAGCAGCGGUUUGGCACGGUCGCCCAUUCAGAUUCUCCAGGUAAGAAUGGCCGUUUACAUAAGCAAACCCUGACCUGUGAGAGGAUCGAGCAGCGCCUAAAGACACAUGAUCU